AUGACCGCCGCCGUCGCUCCUUUUCCCCCUUUUCAUGAAGGGAAUAUAAAGAACUGGUUCCUGCAAAUGGAAGCUAUCUUUACAGUCAGAAGGAUUACAGACCAAAAAACAAAGUUUGGCCACGUGGUGGCGGUUUUGCCACCCGCCAUUGUCGACGAAGUAGCAGACUUCCUAGAAGCCGUUCCUGAAGUAGAGCCCUACGCCCGCUUGUGGCUGGACCGUCUCCCCACCACCAUUACCCAGAUAUUGGCGCCUAUGUCCGAGAACACCCCAAUCGACCAGUUAGCGGACGCCGCUGACCGUAUUUUCUCGCAACUGGAUCAUCAGACAACGCCAGUACACAGUGCUGAAGCGACUGGGGACCACAGGUCCUUGGAAAAAACAGUGGAGGAUUUGCAACGCCAAGUUAGAGAUUUAACGUUAGCUAUAGAAAGCCAUGGUCGAAGUCGGUUCCCUUCCCGCCGGCGCUUCAGAAGUCGACCACGCUCGUCCAGUCGGAACAAGGAUGCCACUUCUACUAUGUGUUACUACCACCGACGAUUUGGGUCUGCAGCACACUACUGCACCAAGCCGUGUUCCUAUACUGCGGUCGCGGAAAACGAAACCACCAGCGAUCGCCUUUUCUACGUGACGGAUACACGUAAUAAUUUACGUUUUUUGGUUGACACCGGCGCUGCCAUUAGUGUCUUACCCGUGCGUGAUAAAGCACGUCAACAACCUUUCCAGCUCCGCCUACAAGCAGCAAAUGGUUCCACUGUGACCACACCACCAGUUUCUUCCUCUUUUAUUCAGGACUUACGCCUUAAAAUGGCAAACUUAUGCUAUACACCACCGCGGCACUGCCCGAGUGAUAUCUAUUUACCGCACCAGCUCAAGGACUGCGAGUUUGUAUUUGUACGUAACGACUCUGUUAAGCGGCCUCUUACGCCGGCCUACACAGGCCCAUACCGCGUUCUUAAACGCGCGGACAAAUAUUUCCAAAUACAAAAAGGAAAUUCAUUUUUUUAUAAUAUAAUAAAUAUCUAUUUUAACCCGAUUUUUUGCCAAAUCUAUCUAUCUAUCUAUCUAUCUAUCUAUCUAUCUAUCUAUCUAUCUAUCUAUCUAUCUAUUUAUGUGUAUGUAUGCUUUGAUAUGACUCUGUUUUCCAUUUUUCAUGUCUUGCAUAUGUUAUUUUCCUCUGCAUGCUUUUUGACAUGCAAUAAUAAUUAUUUCGUUUUUUCUUUUUGUUAA